AGCUGACACCAUGAAGCAGCUGAUCCUUUGCACCCUGCUCCUCUUGGCCCGUGGGGAGCUGGCCAGGGCAUGUCCUGCAGGCUGCCAGUGCCAUGACCCCAAGACCAUCCUGUGUGCAGCCAGGCGGGGCCAGACGGUGCCCCAGGGGCUGCCCCCCAGCACCCUCUCCCUCUAUGUCUUUGAGAACGGCAUCACAACGCUCAGUGAGGACAGCUUUGCAGGGCUGCCUGCCCUCCAGCUCCUGGACCUCUCACAAAACAAGAUCACCAGCAUCCAGAGAAACAUCUUCCAGCCCCUGACGGAGCUCGUCAACUUGGACCUGUCCUCCAACCAGCUGCAGGAGAUCACCAAUGAGACCUUCCAUGGGCUGCGGCUGCUGGAACGGCUCUACCUGCAGAGGAACAGGAUCCAGCACAUCCAUGCUGCUGCCUUUGACACGCUGGAGAAUCUGCUGGAGCUGAAGCUGCAGAACAACCAGCUCAGGGCUGUGCCCCCCCUUGACCUGCCCAACCUCCUGCUGCUGGACAUCAGCUGGAACAAGAUCCCUGCCAUUGCACCAGGGGCUUUCCAUGCCGUCAGCAUUGAGUCCCUGAAGAUCGCAGGGCUGGGCCUGACGAGCUUAAACGAGGAGCUCUUCCAGGUCCAAAACAACCUCCACGAGCUGGACAUCUCUGACAACCUGCUGGAGCGCGUCCCGGCCGUGCUGCGGCGCCUGGGCAGCCUCACCAGGCUCAGCCUGGCCGGCAACGCCCGCAUCUCCCAGCUGCCAGCUGAGGACUUCCAGAGCCUCCACAACCUCCAGGAGCUGGACAUCAGCAACCUCAACAUCAACACCAUCCCCCGGGAUUUCUCCGGCUUCUUCCCCAGGCUGCGGGCCGUGACGGCUGCCGGCAACCCCUUCAACUGUAUCUGCCAGAUGAGCUGGCUGGUGCAGUGGGUGAACACCAGUGGCGUGGUGCUGCGGCGCCCCGAGGAGACGCGCUGCCACUUCCCCCCCAAGAACUCCGGCAAGCUCCUCCACCACCUGCAGUACACCGACUUUGGCUGCCCCACCACCACCCCCACACCCACCACGGCCCGCACCACCACGCUGCCACCGCCCACGCCGCUGCCCAGCACCCACCGCCCGCCGCCGCCCCCCAGCACCGCUGCACCCACCCCGAGGCCCAGAGAGCCCCAGGGCAGCUCCACCCUGGUGCCCUUCCGCGGCGCCCCGGCCCCCACCAGCCCCCCAGUGCCCAUCUGUCCCCCCCGCACGUGUCUGAAUGGCGGCACCUGCCACCUGGGUGCCCAGAACCUCCUGGAGUGCCUGUGCCCCGCAGGCUUUGCUGGUGUGUACUGCGAGGUGGAGGCGAGGGGAACGACGGCAGCCCCGGGCACGCCGGCCCUGCCACCUGCACAGCGGGUCAGCAUCGCCCAGGUGGGCAGCACCUCCCUCAAAGUGGACCUGCACAGCUACAUCCAGUCCAAGGCGCAGCUGAAGGGAAUCCGCCUGAGCUACCGGAACCUGUCGGGGCCGGACAAGCGGGCGGUGAUGCUGCGCCUGCCGGCCUCGCUCUCCGAGUACACGGUGCGGGCGCUGAAACCCAACUGCACCUACCGCGUCUGCAUCGGGGCGCUGGGGGAGGCCCCCAAGGAGGAGCACUGUGCCGAGGCACACACCCUGCCCCUCAGCCUGCAGCAGCACUCCCCUGUCACCCAGAGCCAGGACCCCAACCUCGCCCUGAUCCUGGUCCCUGCGCUGGCUGCCAUGCUGCUGCUGCUGGUGGUGGUCACGGCCGCCAUGUACUACUGCCGGCACCGCCGCGCCAAGGCACCCGCCAGCGCUGGGGUGGACACCGGCCCGCUGGAGCUGGAAGGGGUGAAAGCCUGCCUGGAAAACGGGGAUUUGAGCAGCCACGGCUGCAAGGUGCCAGAGGCAGCCAUGCUUUCUGGCGGCUCUGAGUGCGAGGUGCCGCUCAUGCAGUCCCACUACCCCAGCAACAACAACACCCCGGGGCUCAAACCCUCCUACUUCUGAACCCACAGGGCUUCCAGAGCCUUGGACACAGGAGGGCUGAGCUCCAGAGGCAGCACCUGGCCAUGUUCCUCUGGGAUACAGAUUGCCAAGGAGCUGACUGAACUGAGGCA